CCUGGGCCUAUGCCUUUUCCGGGAAAAGCAUGUGAAUUCUGUGCUUGCCAAUGGUUCUGGCCUUCCCGUAUUCAUAUUGCCUCAAUCUUAGCCUUGCCUUUCUCUUAUCACGACUGUACCCUUGUCAAUAACAAUUUGGUUUGAAUCCAUGUUUCAUGAUUUAUGCAUUAUCGUGGUUGUUGUUUUCGGAGUUUUUCAAGUGAAAGCACUUCGCCCUGGUCAGCCAUCACUCUCCGAACGCACCGUGGGGAAAAGGACGACAGUCCAAAGUGAGGCAGUCGGAGCUUCCGAGUGCGAGGGUCGCAAGCCGCAGUGGGUUCAGGAGGGUGCGAUCAAGCGCUUGAGAGGGCCGGUUUUUAAUAUUCACGUCGCAGGUCCGUACCACACUGCGGGAAGAUUUCUGGUUGAUCUGGCCGUCAAAGCUGGCAAAAUGAAUUACACCAUGUACCAGAGGUGGGGAGAUUUGGGUAAGGCUGAGCUGUGGAAGGAUCAGCAUUGGACCGACCUUGAAGAUUGGUUCCCAAAGGGACACACGUUACGUGAUCUCGGCUGUGGGACCGGCAGGGCGACGAUACUUGGCACUGUCGCGCGCCACCCGCUCAACAUGUUUCUGCACAGGUGGUAUGCGUGCAAGGACUGGGAGCAGAUAGUGAAGAGCUCGGAACGUGGAGUGCCGGACGCCGCCAAGAAGAAGAGGGAUGAAUGCCACCCUCUCGCGGCAGUCUGCCAGCCAGGAGAGGAGCCAUGCGAAUGGGAUAACAUCCUUCUUCAAGCGUUCACCGGGGUCCCUGCUGCAUCCCUGACCCGGGCAGAUCUUGAGCUGGCAAAAUCUCGGUUACGCAAUUUCGACAUAAUUUUCAUAGUUGAACAUUUCAGCCACACCCUUCAGCUUACCACCACGCGCUUGGGAUGGAGGCCCGACCCGUCUUCAGGAUCACUGAAUGCUACACUUCACAAGGCGGACGAAAGCGAAGAUCAAGAACGAUUCCCAAGAGGCGAGAUCACACGUGAGCAAUGGCAAGCAGUCAUGGAGCGUAACAGCCUCGACAUUGAGUUUUACGACUACAUGCGCGAGCUCGCUUUUGGCAUGCUGCGGGCCGAUGGCCUUCCGGUGCCGCCAGAGGACGAGCGCAUCGUUGUCCCACAGUGGAGAAAUAGUGUUCUCACGUCGAGACGCGGAAGCUCACAAGAAGCUCGCAUUGUAUAGGCUGGCCACAUGAUUGUUCGUCUUAGAAACUCAGCACCGCUACUUCACACAUAAAGUGUGCGUGUGUAUAUAUAUAUGCAUACAUACAGGACUGCAGUGGCGCUUCGCGCCAUGCACCUUGGUCUUUGAAGCUUGGUAUGCAGGCGGAAUGGCAGGAAGAUCAAGCCGAC